AUGGAGUACCCAUACGAGAGUCCCUUUCCAAAAUUUAAUUUAUACCAUAGUGUAGUUCACAGAUAUGCAAAUAAUCGACCAGUCCUUUCAGGGACUUCCCAUGAAGUGUAUAUGCAAAACUUCUAUGACAUUUCGGCAACUAAACUGAUUACUACCUAUAUUUUCUUGAUUUUGUUUUUAUCCCUGUGCUAUAGAUUAAUUGAUAAGGCUUUCUUCAAUGGCCGAUUAAUAAAGAGCAUCUUCGGUUCCGAUGAGGAAAAUUUAGACACCAGAGGUGAACAUAUAUUUGAUAUGGACGAUCCUUACUACUACGAUUUUUUAGAUGAAAAGGAAAAAAAGGAAGAAAAGGAAGAAAAGGAAGAAAAGGAAGAAAAGGAAGAAAAGGAAGAAGAGGAAGAACAAAAGUAUGAAGAGGUACGAAAGGAAGAAGAGGAGCAAACAGUUGAAAAGGUAUCUUUGUAA